AUGACCCAAGACGCCAUGGUUCACGACGAGGCCGAGCCUGGCCGUGCUCCAAUGCGACAAGGAUCCCCACCCUCGCCGGCCGCACUGAAGCUGGCCCUGCACCACUUGGGGGAUCCUCUGUCGGAGCCCGGUGUCCCGGAAUUCGGCCUCGCCGGCGAUCUGUCCCUCGAGGAGCGCCAGCUGUCCGAUGGCAAUGCCGUGGCCGCCACCCUGCGCAACCUGCCGGCCGUCAACGUCGACCAGUACUACGGCCACCAGGCCGGUCUUAGCACCGGAACGGCUCCGUCCGACACUGGGGCAGCCAAGUUCGCUCCCUUCCGCUCGCCCCUCGGCCCGGGCCUGGCCCACCACACGCGACCUCUGCAACAUCAUGCCUCGACACAACAGCAACAGCAGCAGCAGCAGCAGCAGCAGCAGCAGCAGCAGCAGCAGCCACAGACCCUGGCGCCGGCCCACACUGGCGGCCCGCAGGUGGUGAUGAUCGCCCCGCAACCCGGGCCCCAGGCACCCCACCCCCACUACUACCAUCCCCACCCGGGGGACAGCCGGACCAGUGGGCCCGGGUCGGCGCUUGCCUCCUCCGCCGGGUCGCGCGCAUGCUCGCCCUCGCCCUUUUCGCUGAUUGCCUCUCUCGGGUCCUCUCAGCGGGGCUCUGGCUGUGCAUCGCCGCACCUGCUGAUGUCCUCCUCGUGCCCGGCCUCGCCGGGGUCCGGGCACGGGACCACCUGCAGCGCUUCGGCCAGUGGCGAGCUCAGGCCCGGCUCCUCGGGGACAAGUGGUCACCACGCUGCCCACCACCACCACCACCACCUCCACCACCACCAUCACCAACAGCCGCAGCAGCAGCAGCAGCAGCAGCAGCAGCAACACAUGGCUGGCGGCUCGCGGACCCCCGGCUCGCGGACCGGCUACAUGAUCAUCGGGUCCGGGUCCAACCACAAGGCCGUCCUGACGCAGGAGGACCCGGAUCCGCCGCUGGCGCACCACCACUCGCACCCGCAGCUCCGCUACCACCCGCUGAAUUCCAUGCAAUACCAUGCGCUGGAGUUCCUGAUGGAUCUGUCCUCCUCGGCCGAGGCCAGUGGCUCGGCCUCCGACACCGGGACCCCGUCGGUGGGCGCCGGGGCUGCUCGGUCGGCCUUCCAUCGCCAGCAACAGCAGCAGCUGGCCCUGCUGCAGCAGCAGCAUGAGCAUCGCCAGGCGGUCGCCGCGGCCCUGGGCCACGAGCUGGCACCCAAUCACUCAGCGGCCGUGAUGGCGGCGGCCGCUGCCGCGGCUGCCGGCGGCUCGGCCGAUUCACCUUGCGAGCACCCGCGCUGUGCGCGCAACCCGGCGGCCACCUCGGCCCAGCAAAUGUGCGGCGCCUGCCUGAUGGCCUCGGUGUCGGUCCUGUCCUCGGGCCCGGGGUCCAGCCAGUCGGCCAGCACCCCGGCUUCUACGGCAUGGAUCCUCGUGCAUUCGCUGGCCUCGUCGCUCAAUGCCUCGAGCGCCGCCUCGCCGGGGACCCAUUCGCCGCCGGAGGGCGGGCCUGUCGCCGAGGCGGCCCUCCUCCUGCAUGAGGCUGUGGCGGCCAGCACCCCGGCCCUGGGCCUGCGCACCGCCUUCCCCGGCGUGGGGGGCAACGGGCUCUCCGGCACGGCCGGCCCCUCGGGCACCCUGGGCCUCGACCUGUCGGGCUUCGAUUCGCAGCCGAUCACCCCGAUGGACGAAGGGGCGGAUCCCCCCGCCGUGAUGCUGGACUCGCCGGCGGCUGGCAGCCCGACACGCCUGGCCGUGGAUUCGGCCCCGGGCGCGGGCUCGGCCCCGGUGGACGAGGCCGACCCGCCAAGCGUGGCCACACUGCCGGUGUCGACCUCGGCCCCGGGCUCGGGCCCAGCGGCCCAGUCGCCCUUGUCGCCGGAUCUCUCCGCCGGGGCCCUGGCCGAUGGGAGCGCCUCGGCCAGUGCCGGCUCCCAAGAUAGUCUUGCCGGGGGGGCGGCCGCCGCCGCCGCCGCUGCCGUCGUGGUGGUGGAGGGCGUUGGCGCUGGCACCGGCGCCGACGGCGGCAAUGGUACCUCCGGUGCAGGUGCGGUCGGUCGGCCGGCAUCGCCCUCGCCGCCGGGGUCGCCCCCGGCAUCGCCGGCGUCCCCGGGAUCGCCCUUCUGGCCGGUGACCAGCGCCGAGUCGGCGCUCGGAUCCAGCCCGGAGCCCAUGACCCCGGCCGCGUCACCGGUGUCGCCCUUCUAUUCGCUGCCGCCGCCCAUGACCCCGGACAGCCAGUCCUUCUGCUCGUCCUACAAUACCUCGCCCCUGCACCUGGCCAUCGAUGCCGGUGGUUCCUCCGGCGGCGGUGCCGGCGGCGAGUAUUGGUUCGUCGGGGUCCGGCCGCAGGGUGACGCCGAUGGCCUGGGCCAUGUGUCGAAGAUCGGCUCGUCUCCGGGCGGCCGGGGCUCUUCGGCCGGGGGUGGCAUGCGGCGCUCCCGGUCCUGGGACGCGCUGCACGAUGCGCGCCUCCUGGGCAGCGGCACGGCCAAUGGGCCGGGCUCCGGGGCUGGUGGUCUGGCCGAGCCCCCGGGGCACCGGCACCACCGGGGCGUCGCGGCCACCGGCCCCGGGCCCAGUGGCUCCAUGUCCUGGGCCCCUUCCCCCUCGGGCUGGUCCUCGCGGCUGUACUACAUCGUGGAGGAUCCGGAGUCGCCUCCGGGGUCGGGGGCGGUGCCUGGCGGCCGGCCGCCCCUGGCCAUGUCUCUCGGGCCGGCCGGCAGCGGCGCCGGUGGGGCCUCUCAGCAGCAGAUUGCCGGCGGCCCGGGCGCGCGCCCUGGUGGCGGCUCCCUGUCGCCAUUGCUGCCGGCCAGCGGCGCGGCCGAAUUGGCUCCUGCCACGGGCGCCGGCUCCGGGGCUGGUGGCGCUUCGUCCAUCCCCGGUGGCAAUCCCCCGGGGGCCGCCGGGGGCAAUGGCAUUGGCUCGGCCCCCAAGCGCCGGCUUCGCUUGACCCCGGGGGGGCCGCCGUCCUCCGGCACCAUUGUCCUGCCCGGGACCAAGAAGCGCUCCGAGGCCCCGGGGCUGGAGUCCGGCCGUGUGCGUAGUGCCCCGCGUCCGGGCGACAGCUUCUCCGUCAUGGCGGCCGCCGGCUUCAUGGCCGGUUACCAGCCGCGUGGCUCCGGGGCCGGCGGGGCGCCGGGUGCUGGCAGCUGGACGCCGCCCUCGGCAGCCGGGGCUUGCCCGUUGCCGACCGCCGGCCCGGGCGCCUCAUCGGCAUCGGCCCCGGCGUCGGCUGUGGCCUCGCCGCGGAUCACCGUGUCGGACAUGCUCCGGUCUGGGACGCCGACGGUGGCCACCGCCGGGGGGGCGUGCCCGACGGCCGGGGCCAGCCCGGCCCUUGGCCCCGGCAUCAGCGGCUUCGGGGGGGUGUUCACGGCGGCCGCCGUGGCGGCGGCCGCCGCCGCCAGCACCCCAUCCGUCAUGUCGUCCCCCUCUUCGGCUUCGCCGGCACCCGGCACCGGCACCGGCGCCGGUAGCAACAGCAACAGCAACGGCGGCAGUGGCGGCGGAGGCGGGGGCGCCCUCUCGACGUUGGAUCGCAUCACGCAAGCCCUGCGCAACAGUUCGGCUGCCCUGCAUGCGGCGAGUGGCUCGCCGGUCGCCGGCCAGGACCGCCACCGGCCCGGGAGCGUCCUCUACUGGCAAGCGGUGCAGGCCGGCGCCGCGCCGCCCAUCUCCCCUUCACAUUCGCCCGGGGCUGCAGCUGCCGCGGCCGCGGCCGCGGCCGCGGCUGCCGCCGCUGCUGCUACUGCUGCCGGCUCCAGCAGCGGCAAUGUCGGUGGCGCGGCCAGCAACCCCCCAGGUGCUGGCACCGGUGCCGGCACCCCGGGCGCGGCGCUGCCCUGGAUGCAGACCAUGAAUGCGCUUCCCUACCGGCGGGACUUCAGUACGUUCGGCUUUUCCAAUGCCUUCGGAAACCCGGUGAUGCUUUCAGCCGGGUAUACCCCCUCCUCGAGACGGACCUUUUCGGCCCUGCCGUGGCUGGCAUCCAAUGCGGCCGGGACCGUACCACCCGGGCAGCAGUCAGCCGGUGGUGGUGGUGGUGGUGGUGGUGGUGGCCGACCGGUGACGGCUGCGGCCGGGGCCACCGCGAUGGCGCCCGGGCGCGGGGAUCGCCCCCCCGGGGGGGCGGCCGAGCCGGACUCGGUGCCGGUGGCUAUGGCCGCCGUGGCUGCGGCCGCAGUCACUGCGUCCUAUGCCGCGGCGGAGCAGCGCCGUCCUCUGGCCGAGGCCCGGCGUGCCCCGGCCCCGGCUCCGGCAACUCCCCAGCCAUCGGCCACCACCACCGGGGCCGAUUGA